AGUUUAGAUUAGACAACGAAUUUUUUAUAUAAAAUAGUUUUUCUUUUAUCUUACAAUCAAUUAAAAAUCAAUUUCAAAACGAAAACCAAAUUAAGUGUUUUUUAAUUGUGUUGUGUGAGCGUCAUUGUGUCUUAAAUUAAACAACAAAACAAAAAAUAAAUUCAAAAAAGAAUAGAAACCCCCCAUAAAAUUACAAAUUGUGGUGUUAAUAAAUUUGCCAAAAAGAAAGCAAAUUUCGACAACAAAUAAUCGACAGUUUAACAAACGAAGAAACCAGAACCAAACUACCGAUCACCAUGGCUGAAGAAGUUGAUCGCAACGAUCCCGAAUUGAAAUAUCUUUCGGUGGAACGCAAUCAAUUCAACGAUCCGGCCACACAGGCUGAAUGGACACAAAAACGCUUGGUGUGGGUGCCUCAUGAAAAUCAGGGUUUCUGUGCUGCCAGUAUUAAACGUGAACAUGGCGACGAAGUCGAAGUCGAACUUACCGAAACGGGUAAGCGGGUCAUGGUUCUGCGUGACGACAUACAAAAAAUGAAUCCGCCUAAAUUCGACAAAGUCGAGGAUAUGGCCGAACUGACAUGUCUCAACGAAGCGUCCGUCUUGCACAACAUCAAAGACAGAUACUAUUCUGGUCUAAUUUAUACAUAUUCCGGUCUUUUCUGCGUCGUUGUUAAUCCCUAUAAGAAAUUACCAAUUUACACGGAAAAAAUUAUGGAACGGUAUAAGGGCAUCAAAAGACAUGAAGUGCCACCACAUGUCUUUGCCAUAACAGAUACCGCCUACAGAUCGAUGUUGCAAGAUCGCGAAGAUCAAUCCAUAUUGUGUACCGGGGAAUCAGGUGCUGGUAAAACCGAAAAUACGAAAAAAGUUAUUCAGUAUUUAGCUUAUGUGGCUGCCUCUAAACCCAAAGGUUCUGGUGCGGGACCACAUCCGGCUUUAAUUAUUAAUUUACAAGUUAAUGUUAAGAAAAAUGUCAAAAUUCAAUGCAAUGUCCAUGGUAAUGGUGGCAGCGGUAACCUUACCACCAGUGGUGGUGACCACGAAUGCUUAACAAAUAAUUGUCAAGAAAUAGAAAAUGCAAAAUUAACAGAAAAUGCCGGAAAUCGUUAUGUAUUUUACAAGGGUGAGUUGGAGCAACAACUUUUACAAGCCAAUCCAAUUUUGGAAGCCUUUGGAAAUGCCAAGACUGUGAAGAACGAUAACUCAUCACGUUUUGGUAAAUUCAUACGCAUCAAUUUCGAUGCGUCCGGCUAUAUAUCGGGUGCCAAUAUCGAAACGUAUCUACUCGAAAAAUCUCGUGCCAUUCGUCAAGCCAAAGACGAGCGAACAUUCCAUAUUUUCUAUCAACUACUUGCCGGCGCCUCGCCCGAACAGCGGGAAAAGUUCAUCCUGGAUGACAUCAAAACAUAUCCAUUCCUCUCCAAUGGCAAUUUGCCGGUGCCCGGUGUCGAUGAUUUCGCCGAAUAUCAGGCGACCGUCAAGUCGAUGAACAUUAUGGGCAUGACGGCGGAAGAUUUCAAUUCGAUAUUCCGUAUUGUGAGUGCGGUGCUAUUGUUUGGCUGUAUGAAAUUCCGUCAGGAGCGCAACAACGAUCAGGCCACGCUGCCCGACAAUACGGUGGCCCAGAAAAUCGCCCAUUUGUUGGGUUUGAGUGUCACCGAUAUGACGCGGGCAUUCUUGACGCCACGCAUUAAGGUGGGUCGUGACUUCGUCACCAAGGCCCAGACCAAGGAACAGGUCGAGUUCGCUGUUGAGGCCAUUUCCAAGGCCUGCUACGAACGCAUGUUCAAAUGGUUGGUGAAUCGCAUCAACCGCUCCCUGGAUCGUACCAAACGUCAGGGUGCCUCCUUCAUUGGCAUUCUCGAUAUGGCCGGUUUCGAAAUCUUCGAGUUGAACUCGUUCGAACAGCUGUGCAUCAAUUACACCAACGAAAAGCUGCAGCAGCUCUUCAAUCACACCAUGUUCAUACUCGAACAGGAGGAGUACCAGCGCGAGGGCAUCGAAUGGAAGUUCAUUGACUUCGGUUUGGAUCUGCAGCCCACCAUCGAUCUGAUCGACAAGCCAGGCGGCAUUAUGGCUCUCUUGGAUGAAGAAUGCUGGUUCCCCAAGGCGACAGAUAAGACCUUCGUUGAGAAAUUAGUGUCAGCACAUUCAAUGCAUCCGAAAUUCAUGAAGACUGAUUUCCGUGGUGUGGCCGACUUUGCCAUUGUCCAUUAUGCGGGCAAGGUUGACUACUCCGCUGCCAAAUGGUUGAUGAAGAAUAUGGAUCCCUUGAAUGAGAACAUUGUCUCGCUGUUGCAGAACUCGCAAGAUCCGUUCGUGGUGAACAUCUGGAAGGAUGCCGAAAUUGUGGGCAUGGCCCACCAGGCGCUUACCGACACCCAGUUCGGAGCCCGUACCCGCAAGGGUAUGUUCCGGACUGUGUCGCAUCUGUACAAGGAACAGCUGGCCAAGCUUAUGGACACUCUGCGCAACACGAAUCCGAACUUUGUGCGCUGUAUCAUCCCCAAUCACGAGAAACGCGCCGGCAAAAUCGAUGCUCCUCUGGUCUUAGAUCAAUUGCGUUGCAAUGGUGUGCUCGAAGGUAUUCGUAUUUGUCGCCAGGGCUUCCCCAAUCGUAUUCCAUUCCAAGAGUUCCGUCAACGCUACGAAUUGCUCACACCCAAUGUCAUUCCCAAGGGUUUCAUGGACGGCAAGAAGGCGUGCGAGAAAAUGAUCCAGGCUCUGGAACUCGACUCGAAUCUCUACCGUGUCGGUCAGUCGAAGAUCUUCUUCCGCGCUGGUGUCUUGGCUCAUCUCGAGGAAGAGCGUGACUACAAGAUCACGGAUCUGAUUGUCAACUUCCAGGCGUUCUGCCGCGGUUUCUUGGCCCGGCGCAACUAUCAGAAACGCCUGCAACAGUUGAAUGCCAUACGCAUUAUCCAGCGCAACUGUGCGGCCUAUCUGAAGUUGCGCAACUGGCAGUGGUGGCGCCUGUACACCAAGGUGAAGCCACUGCUGGAGGUCACCAAACAGGAGGAGAAGCUGGUGCAAAAGGAAGAUGAGCUCAAGCAGGUGCGUGAGAAAUUGGAGACACUCGCCAAGAGUACCCAAGAGUAUGAGCGCAAAUACCAACAAGCGUUGGAGGAGAAGACCUCAUUGGCCGAACAGUUGCAAGCCGAAAUCGAACUUUGCGCUGAAGCGGAGGAGUCGCGUUCCAGGCUGAUGGCUCGCAAACAGGAACUCGAAGAUAUGAUGCAGGAACUUGAAACACGUAUCGAAGAAGAAGAGGAACGUGUUUUGGCCUUGGGUGUAGAAAAGAAGAAGCUUGAACUCAACAUACAAGAUCUCGAGGAACAAUUGGAAGAGGAGGAAGCGGCCCGACAAAAACUUCAAUUGGAAAAGGUGCAACUCGACGGCAAAAUUAAGAAGUACGAAGAAGAAUUGGCCCUCACCGAAGAUCAAAAUCAAAAGUUGCUGAAAGAAAAGAAAAUAUUGGAAGAGCGAGCAAACGAUUUGUCGCAGACCUUGGCCGAGGAGGAGGAGAAAGCCAAGCAUUUGGCCAAGCUAAAGACGAAGCAUGAGGCCACCAUCGCCGAACUGGAAGAGCGCAUGCACAAAGAUCAGCAGCAAAGACAGGAGACUGAUCGUUCCAAACGUAAGAUUGAAACCGAGAUGGCCGAUCUCAAGGAACAGCUCAACGAGCGCAGAAUCCAAGUGGAAGAGUUGCAGGUACAGUUGGGUAAACGUGAAGAGGAACUUACCCAAACGCUGAUGCGCAUCGAUGAAGAAUCAGCCGCCAAGGCAGCUGCUCAAAAGGCUCAGCGUGAAAUCGAAUCCCAAUUGGCCGAGUUGCAAGAAGAUUUGGAAGCUGAAAAGGCUGCCCGUGCCAAGGCCGAGAAAAUACGUCGUGAUUUGGGCGAAGAGUUGGAGGCAUUGAAAAAUGAGCUAUUGGAUUCAUUGGACACCACAGCGGCGCAACAAGAAUUGCGUUCGAAGCGUGAACAAGAAUUGGCCUCUCUCAAAAAGUCCCUCGAAGAAGAGACCGUCAACCAUGAGGCCUCCAUUGCUGAGAUGAGGCAUAAACAUGUUCAAGAAUUGAACGGCAUUAAUGAGCAAUUGGAAAAUCUGCGUAAAGCUAAGGCAGUACUGGAAAAAGCCAAAUCCACAUUGGAAGCAGAAAAUGCAGAUUUGGCCACCGAAUUGCGCAGUGUAAAUAGCUCCCGCCAAGAAAACGAUCGUCGUCGUAAACAAGCUGAAUCUCAGAUAGCUGAAUUGCAGGUGAAAUUGGCCGAAGUGGAACGUGCUCGUUCGGAAUUGCAAGAGAAAUGCACAAAACUGCAACAGGAAUCCGAGUACAUAACAAAUCAAUUGGAGGAGGCCGAAUUGAAAGCAUCUGCCGCUGUUAAAUCUGCCGGAAAUAUGGAAUCGCAACUUGCCGAAACACAACAACUGCUCGAAGAAGAAACCCGCCAGAAGCUCUCGCUGUCGUCGAAAUUACGUCAGCUGGAGUCGGAAAAAGAGGCGCUACAAGAACAGCUCGAGGAAGAUGAGGAAACGAAAAAGAACUAUGAACGCAAGCUGGCUGAGUUGUCGGCUACCAUGCAAGAGAUUAAAAAGAAGGCCGAGGAAGAUGCCGAUGCUGUCAAGGAAUUGGAAGAGGGCAAGAAACGCCUGAACAAGAGCAUUGAAGAUCUGGAACGACAGGUCAAGGAGUUGACAGCUCAAAACGACCGUUUGGAUAAGAGCAAAAAGAAGAUUCAAUCUGAAUUGGAGGAUGCCACCAUUGAAUUGGAAGCACAACGCACAAAGGUGCUCGAGUUGGAAAAGAAACAAAAGAAUUUCGACAAAAUCUUAGCCGAAGAAAAAGCCAUUUCCGAGCAAUACGCCCAGGAACGUGAUACUGCCGAAAGAGAAGCCCGCGAAAAAGAAACCAAGGUUCUUUCCCUUAGCCGUGAACUGGAUGAGGCCUACGAUAAAAUCGACGACAUGGAGAACAAACGUAAAGCCCUCCAAAACGAACUCGACGAUCUGGUGAAUACCCAGGGUACAGCCGAUAAGAAUGUCCACGAAUUGGAAAAAGCUAAACGUGCCUUGGAAUCCCAAUUGGCGGAAUUGAAAGCACAAAAUGAGGAACUUGAAGACGACCUGCAACUGACUGAAGAUGCCAAACUUCGUCUGGAGGUGAACAUGCAGGCCCUGCGCUCUCAAUUUGAACGUGAUCUACAGGCCAAGGAGGAACAGGCCGAAGAGAAACGCCGUGGUUUGGUCAAACAAUUGCGUGAUCUUGAGGCCGAGUUGGAUGAAGAGCGUAAACAGCGGACCGCAGCUGUGGCAGCCAAAAAGAAAUUGGAAGGAGAUCUCAAAGAAAUGGAAACCACCAUGGAAAUGCACAACAAGGUGAAAGAAGAUGCCCUCAAACAUGCCAAGAAAUUGCAGGUUCAGGUCAAGGAUGCCUUGCGUGAAGCCGAGGAGGCCAAGGCGGCCAAGGAAGAACUGCAAGCGGCCAGUAAAGAAGCCGAACGUAAGGUCAAGGCCUUGGAGGCAGAGGUAAUGCAACUUACCGAAGAUUUGGCCAGUUCGGAAAGGGCACGUCGUGCAGCCGAAACGGAACGCGAUGAGUUGGCCGAAGAAAUGGCUGCAAAUGCCAGCAAGGGAACCCUUAUGAUUGACGAGAAGCGUCGUCUGGAAGCCCGCAUUGCCGCCCUCGAAGAGGAACUCGAGGAGGAACAAUCCAAUUCCGAAGUAUUAUUAGAUCGCAGCCGUAAAGCUCAGCUUCUGAACGAACAGCUGUCUACAGAAUUGGCCACCGAAAAGUCCAAUUCACAAAAGAACGAAAAUGCCCGAGCCUUGUUGGAACGUCAGAACAAGGAGCUGAAAGCCAAGCUGGCCGAAAUCGAAACAGCUCAAAGAACAAAAAUCAAAGCCACCAUCGCCACAUUGGAAGCCAAGAUUGCCAACCUCGAAGAACAGCUCGACAACGAGGGUAAAGAACGAUUGCUACAGCAAAAGGCCAAUCGCAAGAUGGAGAAGAAGAUCAAGGAGUUGGGCCUGAACAUUGAGGACGAACGAAGACAUGCCGAUCAAUACAAAGAGCAAAUCGAUAAACUUAACAGUCGCAUGAAGUUGUUGAAACGCAAUUUGGAUGAAACCGAAGAGGAACUGCAAAAGGAGAAGACACAAAAACGCAAAUAUCAACGUGAAUGUGAGGACAUGAUUGAAAGUCAAGAAGCCAUGAAUCGUGAAAUUAACUCACUGAAAACCAAAUUAAGAUCUAUACAAGUGGCUGAGACUGAAAAAGCUAAAGCCUAUUCACCCAAAAAGGAUCCAACUCUUAUUAUGAAUUGCGCACCGGCGGCAUGGGUCUAAGUUCGAGUCGUCUCACCGGCACACCAUCCUCCAAACGUGGUGGUGGCGGCGGCGGUGAUGACAGCUCAGUACAGGAUGAAUCUUUGGAUGGUGAAGAUUCGGGCAAUUAAAUUUAUAACUGGAAGGAAACCAACAAAGCUAAACCUGGAAAAAAUCUAUAAUUAUUUUUUAAAGUUUAUUAAUUUCUGUUAAUUUUUUUUAUAAAAUUUUACUUAUUUUUUAUUGAUAUCCAUCCUUUUCCCCCAUACACACAGUUAAGAUAAAAACACAAUCCAAUUAAAACAAACAAAAAAAAACAAAGCUUAAACUAAUUUCUUUGUAUAAAAAAACAAACAGAAAAUAAUAAAAAAAACAAACGAAAAAAAUGUUAAACGAAGUAAGAAGGAAAACAAAAUCAAGUUUGUUUCUUGCUACUAUUACUACUAGAGUCCACAAGCCUCCCAACAUAUUGUGUCCCUCUUUAAUCCAUACAUAUAACAUGUCUUGUUCCUUUUGCCUAUGUCCCCAAACUUCUUAGACUCAUUCCCUUGAAAAAGAAUAUUUUCACUUACCACACACCCACACAUUCACACACACACACACAC